AAACUCGAAUCGCAGGCGGGAAAGACAAAAGUCCCUGCAAAUUGGUUUAUUCGGCGUGUCAGUCACCGAUUUUGAGAAAACUAUAUCUAUCUAUCUAUCUAUCUGAUCAUCUAGCUAUUUAGCAAAUUAGAGAACGGGGUGACGUGGGAGCACAUAACUUUGGCGGAUUUCUAAGGGACUCGCACUAAUUUGCCGAGUGCAUGAUGGUGGCCAGGGGGAUGAAGCGUAAGCUCUAUGGGAGUGAUAAUGGCGGAGGCUCUGUCUGGGAAAGCCAGCUGCAGUCAGUGUUGGACAUUUCCUUGGACAAGUUCCAGCGAGACCAAGCCCUUGUAGAGCCAAGCUUACUACGGUCUGUUCUCAUCACCAAUACAUUACGACAGGUCCAGUCAGUGGUCAAAACACACUUGUCUGGAGUUAGUUUCCAUCCGAAACUACACACUCAACCAAAGAAACAACCUGAGCUCCUUUCCACGCUAGGGUCCAUUCCUGCUGGGCACAGUGCAUCCCUUUGCUCCCUGGGGGUUGAAGACAUGGAGGAUGAUUUAAUGGCCUGGCCUUCAGAAGAGGAUUUGUCCUUGGCAACAGCUAUUACUGGCAUACUGAAUGAUCUUGAUGCAGCUCUAGAUGAUGACUGUGGACUAUCUGUACCUCAGCGCUUACCUCUGGCUUCUAUGGAGAAUCUGCCAGGAGACGGGAGGUCCAAACAGAAUUCGACCAUAAGCCACAAGACUGAUGGUUGCAGAGCAUCCAUUUUGGGGAAUUCCAGUCACAUGUCUAAUUACCUGCAGGAAGCUGUUAUAGAUGACCUGUUGUUGGACAUUGACACAAAUGUAUUUGAAGCAGAGGCGAACAGUGUCAGUCCAUGUGCCUUCUCUUUUCCUGCUGAUCAGCUUGUGAAAUAUCUGCCACCUUUUAGCAACUCAUCUGCAGUGUCUUUGACUCCAGCUUCACCCCCCAUGGUCAGAUGACACAGGACUAGAGCACAUAAUGAACAUACUACUACAUUACUGAUAAAUUAUAUUAAAAGCAAAAGCUUUAUUACUUUUUAAGUGGAACAGAAAUGUAGGUUAGAGGGAGAUGAAAGCCAUAGAAUUUGAAUAUUGUGCUCAAGUUGUAAUGAAAAGUGUGUAGAAAUGUUGAAUAUAAAAGUCUGAAUAGGCAUGA